AAUGAAACUCUAUAUGAUAGUCAAUUUAUGUUUGACAGUAAUCGACAAAUGAUUUUUGAGGAAAAAUGGUAUAUGAAACUCAAUGACGAAUAAUUCAUCUACUUGAAGAAAAACGAAGAAAACAAUGUUUAAUGCAGAAAUGAAUGUCUUGUACUUUGACUAAAUUUUGAUAUUAACUUGAAGAGAACUUUACUUCAACGUCGAAAAUAUGUCAAAUUCUGCACUAUUGAAAUCUAUCUAAUAAUCUAUACAUCUCGCAUUAAAAAAUUUUCAGCAUGCAUGGCUAGAUUACGCAGAAAACAAGAAAAGGGAUUUCUUCAAGAUGCAUAUCUAGUAUCAUAGGUAAUGAUUAAUAUUGAUUUCGUGGGAUUAUUGAUAAAUAAACCUCCGUUCUUUUUUAAUCAAUAGAGUCAUCAUUAGAACAUAUAAUGAUAAUUUUCAAAGCUUAAAAUCCAUGAAAACUCAUCAAGUGGGCACUAUAUGGCUGAAGUGAAUUAUGGGAAAAACCAAAUACAAUGUACUUGUUUAUAAUUGUAUUUUACAAAUUAUUUGGUAAUAGUAUUAAAAAUGUGGUUGAACGAUGCAGAUGAUCGGUUCACCUUCCGCAACGCUCGUUUAUGUUACAAAUCGUCUUCUUUAAACUGGGAGAUUGAGGAAAGAUUAAUUUUGCGAAGUGAAGUACAAAGACAUAACGGCAGUGCUUCUUUGGAAAUCGUUUACGUCAUUGAGAAAGACGCGAAACUGGCCGUGGGAACGAUUCGACUUCCAGGAACCGAAGAAAAAUGUCUCGAAAUUCAAAAGGCUCUUGAAUCAUCAAUUGGAGGAAAGACACCAAAGCGUUUACUGGUUUUUAUAAACCCUAGAAGUGGGAGCAGAGAAGCUGAAAAAAUCUACAAGAAGAAAGUACUACCUAUUUUUCAGCUGUGUAAAGUUGAAAUAAACAAAUAUGUGACAAACAGAGCCAACGAAGUGAGGGACUGUUUACUCAGUGAAAAAUUGGAUUUAUAUGACGGGGUGAUAGCCGUGGGUGGGGAUGGAAUUUACAAUGAGGUUUUAUCUGGAUUAGUAGAUAGACAAAUGCGGGAUGUUGGACUAAACCCAGAUGAUCCAGAGUCCAAACUUCCACAACUCAACCUUCCUAUUGGAAUAAUUCCAGCAGGAUCAGGAAAUUAUACAGCUUGGUACCUCAAUGGAACAAAAUGUCCAAAAACUGCUGCGAUAAGAAUCAUGAUGGGUGACUGUGUUGCUACCAAUGUUGCAAGCCUUCAUCAAGGCAACAGGUGCGCGGGCUACUCCAGUCUCAUUCUCGGUUUCGGGUUGUUUGGAGACGUCAUGAGAGAUUGUGAGAAAUACAGGUGGAUGGGAACAAGCCGAUUCAAAGUGAUUCCGGUUGGUACAGUGCUGAGCAGACGACCAGUGAAGGUAGCAAUAUCUUACAUUCCCGCCGAAUCUAACGUUAACAGUGAGGUCAGGAACGAAAGAGCUCCCAAACCAGAAUUUCAUCGCCAGACAUCUGUACCUCCACCCAGAUCUAAAACCGUUGUAGAGUCUUUCAAGAAGAGAACAUUUUCUACCUCUGACAUUCUUGAAGCACCUUCAG